ACCGUUCUCUUCUCCCUAAUCCUGGUAAUCAGUAGUAGCCACUAGCGCUGCUGCCGUUCUCUUCCCCUACCCGACACAAGCUCCACCACCUCUAUCUACCACACGCCACCACUGUAGGAGCUCCUCCACGAUCAUCCCGCCCUAGAGCCAUAAUAAUUCGUUGAAGAGGAGGGGGUUCUUAGAACCAGAGGGCGGCUACCUGUGAAGGAUACCCGUGCUGCUGGCUGCUGCUGCUGCUCCUCAAGCUAGAGCCGUGUGUGGGCUGUGCAGAUUGCAGAGCGCAGCUUCCAGUCUCAGCAUUGCUUUCAAUGGGGAGGCACUCCUGCUGUUACAAGCAGAAGCUGAGGAAGGGGCUCUGGUCUCCUGAGGAAGAUGAGAAGCUCAUGAACCACAUAACCAAGCACGGGCAUGGCUGCUGGAGCACUGUCCCCAAGCUUGCAGGGCUUCAGAGGUGUGGCAAGAGCUGCAGGCUGAGGUGGAUAAAUUACCUGAGGCCUGACCUUAAAAGAGGCGCAUUCUCUGAGGAGGAGGAAGACCUCAUCGUCGAACUUCAUGCUGUACUGGGGAACAGGUGGUCUCAGAUUGCAACAAGGUUGCCUGGAAGAACUGACAACGAGAUUAAGAAUCUCUGGAACUCGAGCAUCAAGAAGAAGCUCCGGCAGAAAGGCAUUGACCCCAACACCCACAAGCCGCUCCUUGUCGAGGUUGAACGCAGCAAAGCAGCUCCAACGACCAGUACCGAGAGGACCUCUGAGUCCAGUGAUGUUGACCCUUCAAGUGGCGGCGCACUUGGCAACUCGAGCCAUCUUCUUCUCAGCGAGACAGCACAAUCACCACAGCUGCCAGCGCUCGGUAAGCAUCGCAGAGAAACUACUAGCCUCGCACAUCUAAGGGUGCCGCCCAAGGAGUUGUUCCUUGACCAGCUGGUUUCUGGUCAUGAGAACCUCACUGGCUGCCGCACAGCAGGCCCAGUUCCAAAUUUCCCUUUCCAACAGCUCAUGUGCUACAGCAAUGAAUUUGGCAACAAGAAUGGUGCUAGUAACAAUUCACUCUGGUUUAACCACAAUGAGACAAGUGGCAGCACCAUUUCCACUGUGAUGCCACCAGUUUCGCCAUCAACUCUCUCAACAUCAACAGGGCUCAAUAGGUCACCAGACAACCCACACUCGGGAGGCACUGGUAUUCAGAGCACCCAGUUCUACUGGGACACUGCUAAUCCUAGCAGCUGCAGCAGUAGAGGAAGCAGCGGAAGCAACGGCUUGGGAUUUGAGCUGCAAAGCACAAGCUCGCUUCUGGAGAGUAGUGUUUUCCCAUGGACAGAAUUAACACCAGACAAAAAUAGCCAAGUUCACCUUGGGGAAGAACUCAAGUGGCCCGACUUGCUCCACGGAACAUUCACGGACACACCUGCAACCAUGCAGAAUCUUAGCCAGUCACUGUACGAAGAUGUUAUCAAAGCCGAGAGCCAAUUCAACAUAGAGGGCCUCUGUGCAGCCUGGUCUCAAAAUCUGCAGCCACAGCAACAUCUGCAGGUAUCAGAUUUGUAUGACAAGGAUUUGCAAAGGAUGUCCUUGUCUUUUGAGAAUAUCUAGACAGCAUGUUUCAGCAUGCAGGGAACAGAGAAAUAGCAGAAAGCUGAGUCAAUGAAGCCUUAAAAAAUACAAUAUUUCUUCACAGAUUCAUUUGAAGGCUAUGUGGAGGUGUGUUUUACGUAGGUACAUUCUUAUGAUGAAACAGAGAUCAAUACUGAUAACUGUUCACCAGUGUACAU